UACGUGACGGAGAUCCUUGGUUUAUGGCAAGAGUGUGUUUCUACCUCUUUGUAUUUCCUUGUGAUCCUCCUGGUCAAAGGCAACGGCAACAACUACAAAGCGCCGAGCACUCCGACGCCAGCGUGCUGCAGCGCGUCUGGCGUGGCACAGACAUCGGAAAGGGCUGCAUCGUUUGACGCCCUCUCGGCUUUACAGGAUCUGGAAGGUAUUAGCCGGCCGCCACUCCAAAGAUCCCAGUUUUCUUGCUCAGAUCCGCUUUGCAAUGGCGGGGUCGACGCAGACGGGCUGGAUGUGUGGUUCGUGCAGAAAGAUGCGGUCGCCAAACGCAUGAGUUGGGAAUAUUGUGCUGUUGUGGGAAAUCAGCACAAGACACAGUCCUAUCCUGCCCAAGGGUCAGCACAGCAGUGGCAAGGGCAACCAAGAACCAAGAGCCCGCGUCAGCGCAACCGCCCGAAAUCUCGCAAGAAGCACAAGCAGGAUGCCUCUCAAUGGAGCCCCUACGACAGUGUGCAAGGACCAGUUCUAGAUCAAGGUGGAUCUUCUUGGCCUGCGCAUGCUCCAUGGUAUCCUCACCUUCCUGUAUCUGGACAGAAAGGCAAUGGCAAGGGUUGCAUGCCCCUACCUAUGAAUAUGGCAUCACCUCCGCCUCCGCCUCCACCGAUGUUGAUGGCUCAGCAGCACCCGCAUGGAGUGCCCUGGAUGCAACAACCGAUGCCGGCGAUGUCUGCUAUGCCAUUUAUGCCGCCUUCCAUGGAUGCGCCUGCUGUUCCUCCUCCUCCAACGGCGACAUUGCCGCCCGAAGUGGCUGCAGAUGCCAAGGGGAAAGACUCGGAGCGGGAGUUCCACACCCGCCAUAUUGGGCUCAAUGAUGUUCAUAGUGACGUGGCUCCUCACAAGUGCCCGGCAUAUGAAGGACAAAAUCGAGCUGGUCGACAGGCAGCUCCUUCGGCAUCUGCUGGCAGUUCAUCCAAUCGGCACUUCUUGGAUCGUCGACUUCCUGCUGAUGUUCCCUCGUAUAUUCAUCAUCUUCAGCAUUUGUGGCGUGAUGAUCUGUGUCGACCUCCCCUUGACCAGCCGUAUCAACUCCGAACCUGGUAUAUUCAUCAUGUGCAUCAACCACAGUGGAAAGUUCCACGUCUUGUUGCCCUGCCUGGCGAUGGUACAGCUUGGCACCAGCUCAUUCUUGAGCGAUGGCGUGACCAAAUCCACAAUGAUGCCGUAUUGAACAUCGCGGUCGUGUUUCCACAGGUGAGGUCUACAUUUGACACUGUCCCGGUGCAUGCUGACUUGAUCUUGGUUCAAGGGGGCCCUAACUUUUGUGGUGGGCUCACUACAGUUCACCCGCCAGGUGAUGACACUGGUCGAGGCUACACAUGGGCUGCUUCUUAUCCGCGACAUGUAGGAGGUGUGGGCAUUUUGGUUGGCGUUGAUGCGGAGGAGCUUUUGCAGACACAUGCUUGUGAUGUAUUUCAUGCUGGCAUCAGUAUUCCAACUACUACUGCCCCCUCUCACUGGAUGUCCAAUGGCCACUCAUUUGUGGCAGUCUUUCAAGAUUUGCAAGGUGCCAGAACCACAGUCCCGACGCCAGCUAUCCCAACUGCGUCUCCUACAGCUGAAAGUGGUGAAGUUGGUGAGGAUCUCACGGAUCUUUCACCUGGCACUCUCGCUCUCAGCCCAGAAGCCGCCGAAGAGAGCCCGCAAGUCUCUGAUUCCAGCUUUGAUGAAGAGGAAUUACAAGGUGUGCAGAUCUUUCAACUUGGACGUUCAGUUCACCAUUGUUUUCUACGCUGGCGAACGUACAAUUUUGUCCUCUUUGACAUGCUCCAUGCCAUUGGUCUGCACCGUGACAUGGCCAUUGGUUUUCAUGUUCUGCAAGCACCACUCAUUGAUCAGCAUCACGCAGAAGAAGCAGUGAUUCUUCAACGUGUUGGAGAUAUUCCCGCAGCCUCUGACAGUAAGUUGGUGUUGCUCGACCUUGUCAUCGAGUCCCCAACGUCUGGACCAGUUCAUCCACUACGUGAAACACGUCUUCUGCCCCGGCUUAUCACGAGACUUGGUCUCGUGCAUGCCCUGGGCUUGCGGUCUAUGUGUGAUGUCGACGACUCCAUUGCUGGCUGCGUGGUAUACUACAACAAUGUGCUUUGGGAGGCCACCAACAUUGAGGUGCGCACCAUUGACCAUGGUGCCUACUUGCGCAUCAUUGUACCCCAACGGCAUGACCAGCUCGUGGAGGAGCCAAGGCUCAAGAGAACGAUACAGCAGUGCACCCCUGAAGCCUCUGCGGGUUCUGCUAAGUUCAGCAGAGGAACGCGUCCUUCGACACGUCCUGAUUCCGUCGAUGUUGUUGAGGAAGAAGGACCAGUCCUUUAUGUCUGGACUUGGUUCAUCCACCAUGGCCUGUUUCCUCGUUGUCGAGAGCCCCGCAUAGUGAGGUUAGACAGGAAACAUGACAACUGGCUUCGCGAUUUGCUGGCCCCAUGGGAUUUUGCCUGCCAACGAGCCACACAGACUCAGGUCUCCAUCGUUCAUCCACAGCCUCCCCAUGAUGCCCUGCACAUGGAAACGGUGCAUGUCAUGAUUGAGCAGACGCCUCGUGAGCCAGUAGCGGCAGCAGUGAUUUCUAUCAUCUAUCAUGAGGGACCGGCAGAUCGUCUUCACCAAGAAGCACGCUCCUUGCCCAGAUGGCUAUGCACGGAUGACCUGAUUGACAUCAUGGACCUCCAUCCAAUCUGUGACUUUCAAAAAUGCACAGCCCGGAUUGGUCGAGUACCAUUCCAGCAAUUCAUACGAGAUGAUAUUCCUACAGCAACUGGCAUUGAGCUUCAUGUCAAACCAGUGUUUUGCGAAGGAGAUCACACAGCUGCCAGUUCCAACCAGCCAUACCUCCCACGCCCACUGCUCCCUGCAGUUGGGCGUUCGUUGAUGCAGACUGUGCGUCGAUGGCAACGCACCCGCCUCCUUGUGCAACCUGCAGAGGAUGUUGUCCCUGGUGAGCACCUGGCUGAUGAGUAUCACAUGACUCCCCAACGAGUUGCAGACUGUGCCUCUCUGGGGCACCAUCUGCAGCCAGCUGCUUUUCCUAUGUGGCCUACUUCCUGGACUACCUUGCAUGAGGUGUGGACGUUUUAUUUUGCCCAAACAGCAGCACCUGAAGGUAUGACCAUUCGAGCUGCGGUCUGGUAUUCCGACCAUGUCAGGCGGCCUUGGUCUGAGGACUGCAGAACCGUUACGCUUGAUGCCAACCUUGACUUGUGGCAUGCACAUCUUGUAGCAGCGUGGGAGGAUUGGAUGCUUCCAGACCGGCAGAUUGAAAUUGUGGUUGUGCGCCCUGUUCCUCUUGGCGCCAAUGAAGAUGCCCACUUUCAUGUCAUCAUCCUGCAGCAGCCGCAACCAAUGACUAAGACAGUCAUCCUUACCGUGAUGGAUGCCUUUGCUGACCCUUGGCACCCAGGACAAGUUUGCUUGACGGUUCCCAAUGCGGUGGAUCACUGGAUGCUGUUACACGCUGCUGCGGUUGAAUUUCAAUGCCCGCCGGCAGUUCCCAAUUCAAGGUGUACCACUUCUUUUGGGCAUACUGACUUGACAGCAGGCAAUUUAUUUCCAGUCCAACAUGGCAUGUGUUUCACGGUUACCGUUGAGGGCUCGUUAGAGCCAGUGCUACCACUGCCUCUUGAUGAUGCAGCUGAUCCUGCGCAUGACCCCAGUGCCCAUGGUGUUAGUCUCCUGCAGCUCCACGCGAAGUUUUGUCGAGUUCGACUGAGCUCCCAAGUGUUGGCCGCACAGACGCAGCAGCUCUUGCAGGUAUUUGAUGAUGUUAUGGUAGAGCUUUCACCCACUACGGUGCCACGUCCAUUAUCAGUGCACGCUGGUUGCGGUGACACCAUUGAAGCUGUUCCUCAGCUGACAUCAUCUUCGACCAGCCCAGUGGUGCUGUCAUUGCAAGCCACAUUGACACCAGCGGGUGAUCUAGAUGCUCCGACCUAUCAGGACGAACUAUCAGCUCUACAGUGGCUUCAUCAACCUAAUUGGGAAGCCAAAUGUGCUCAGCUCAGUGAACUGCCUCUCAUGCCUUUGCCAGAUGGGGUUCAGAUUCCUCUUGAAUCCUAUGCUGCAAUGAUGGACCCCACGUUGGCCCCAGCUGCCAGUACUUUUCAAGCGCAGACUCAUGGCCCAAACAAAAUCCGAUGGGACGCUGAUCGUUUGCGAGAUCCAUCAGUAGUUGCAGAGUUUCAAGCCGCUCUUGCCACUUUGCCACUGCCUACUUGGGAUGUGAAUGUCGAUGAGCACUGUCGCUUGUAUGAGACCAAUCUCCUGCAGCUAGCCAGACAAUACUUUGAGAAGCGCACCUUCAAACGCAAACGGCCACAGCUCUCUGGACGAACGCUGCAAUGUAUUGCCUUCAAGCGGCAUCUCCUUGACUGUGGUAGGGCUUGGAACCUCAUGCAUGAUGAGCUGUUCAAGCAGGAGCUGAAGCUGGUCGAAAAAGAGGUUAGGGCCUUGGUGCGUGGUGACUUGCAGAUUUACUACGACCAGAUCUUGGUCCAACUUCAAAACGCUGGAGAGCUACAUGAUCUCAAGGCCGUCUUUCGGCUCUUGACACGCCUUGGCUCCAAAAAGAUCAAAUCCGGCACCAGUAUACGCCCCUUGCCAGCGUUGCGCAAAAAUGAUGGUACCCUUGCCACAUCAUUUACUGAGCAACAGCAGGUAUGGAUGCAGCAGUUCAGUGAGAUUGAAGCGGGCGUACCCCUUCAUUGGGAGGUGUUGCAACGAUUGGAUCGACCGGGCCUUGGACCUCCCAAAGACAUUCAAUGUCAAGAGCUAUUCCCAUCUCCAUGGGAACUUCAGCUCGCCCUCAAGAAACUCAAGAGGGGCAAGGUACCCGGACAGAACCAGCUGCCUCCAGAUGUACUUAAGGCUGGGGCCGCCCCGCUUUGUCAUCAGCUUUGUGCCCUAACCACAAAAGUGGUUGCUCAUUGCAAAGAACCAUUGGAGUGGAAAGGUGGGCAAUUGAUCCCUCUUUCCAAGGGCAAGCCCGAUGCGGCUGACCCCACUGGCUAUCGCAGCAUUUUCAUCAGCGAUUUCACGGCCAAGAUGUUUCAUAUGACCAUGCGCAACUACUUGGUUCAAGUAUGGGAGAAUGGAAUCCAGUCUCUGCAACUGGGAGGGCGCAAGCGUAUGGGUGUCGAUUUUGCCCAUCAUUUCCUUCAGGCUCAUCGUCAUUGGACAGCGAGCAGGAAACUUCCCAGCGCAUAUCUCUUCUUUGACAUCAAAUCGGCGUUCUACAGUGUUUUGCGACAAGCUCUGUUCCCGGACGAGGCUCCUUCUUUGUCACUCAUCGCUGCCUUAUCCAGAUUCCGAGUUAGCGCCGACGACAUUGAUGGCAUGCUUCAAGCCGUACGAAGGGAUGAUGCUACA